AUGGUAUCUUUUCGCCACGAAAUCACUAACAUUAAUUCUAAUGUUAGUGAAAUAAGUAACAGGGUUAGCGACGUCGAGAAAAGGAUCGCAUGUCUUGAGCAGCAGGCAACGGACUUGCCGAGUCAACCCGGAGGGUCCAAGGUCGAAGAUAGCAUAGCGGAGUUAAAGUGUCGACUUAACGAGCGUGAUCAAGAAUUACUUUUAAACGAUCUGGAAAUAUCUGGUGUAAUAGAACAGAAGGGCGAAAACCCCUUGCACCUCGUCACUAUGCUUGCGGCUAAAAUUGGCACUGAAUUGGACGAGCGCGAUGUUGUAAGUGCAAGGCGGUGA